UUGGAGGAUAGUAUAAUGAAGUUUGGUGGAGUAGGGCAGCUAUUCAAAGUUUUUGAAGUGAAGAGUUCAACGAAAAUUUCUGAAAACCCUUGCGAAGGGCAAGAAAAAGUAACACCUCCUAGUCAAAUUGCACCCACCGAAAAUACUCGUGUUAAACAACAAGGCAAUGGAAUAGAAAGUAACAACGAAAUCCUUUCAGAAAGCGGCUCAGUCAGGGUAGCCAUACGUGUAAGACCUCUCAGUUCGUUGGAGAAAAGCAAUUGCGGAAAAACCUGUGUCACGGUACAACCACCUGACACUGUGGUUUUAGGAAAGGAUAAGAGUUUUACUUUUGACUUUGUCUUUGGUCCUGACAAAACGCAGAGUGAAAUUUAUGAGCAAGUAGUUAGUCCGUUGGUGGACGGCAUAUUUAAGGGAUACCAUGCUUGUCUUUUUGCAUAUGGUCAAACGGGAGCGGGAAAGACAUAUACAAUGGGAACAACUUGGUAUAAAGGUUCCAUAAGUACAACUCAUGGCAUGAUUCCAAGAGUGAUAAAUGAUAUAUUCAUCAGAGCAAAGGCGGAAAUGGACUUGUAUGAUAUCUCCAUUCGCGUCUCAUUUAUCGAAAUCUACAAUGAAGAUAUUCAUGACCUGUUGAAGUUUUACAACUCAAGUUCUGAAAAUGGAAAUGUUCUGUUUGGUGGUAAUCAAAAGAUUGGCAUUCGUGAAGAUGAACUUGGAAAUGUUUACGUUACUGGUAUUCAUGAAGAACCUGUCCAGUCCUACGAAGAGGCAAUGUCUUGUAUUGAAACUGGCUCUCUACAUCGAGCAACUGCAGCACAUGACAUGAACCAACAGUCUUCAAGAUCACACGCCAUCUUCACUAUCAUUUUCACGAAGACGGAAAGAGGUCAAGAAGGUCUUAAAGAUAAGGUCACGUCACAGUUUCAGCUCGUGGACCUCGCGGGUUCUGAAAGAGCAAAAAGAACGAAUGCUUCAGGUGCAAGAUUGAAAGAGGGGAUCAGCAUCAACGUGAGUCUUCUAGCUCUGAUGGAAGUGAUAAGCGUUUUAGGCGAUCAACAAAAGAAAGGGUCUCACGUUCCUUAUAGAAGAUCAAAGCUCACAAGGAUUUUAACAAAUUCUCUUGGUGGAAACUCAAGAACUGCCAUGAUAGCAUGUAUAAGUCCAAGUGAUGAUUCGUUUCAGGAAACUUUGAAUACACUAAAGUAUGCUCAUCGAGCUAGAAACAUUGAAAAUCGUCCAGUUAUUAACCAUGAUCCGGCUUUCAAAGAGAUAGCAGAAUUGAGAAAACAAGUUCAGGAGUUGAAACAAAAAUUGGCUGAACAAGAAAGUGGUCGCGUGAAUCACUCUAUGCUAAUGAGUUCGCAAGUUUCAAAUCCACAUGUUGUGAAUGCCACAAACGUGAAGGAACGAGGUGUACAGACGGAAGUUUCGGAGGACGUCCAAGUUUCCUUCAAGGACUUAAUAGACGAGAAACACAGACUGACAAAUAUGGUCAAGUCCUUAGAAUUGGAACGAGAUGUAUUGUUGCUUCAAAAUGAAAAUCUUUAUGAGGCCCGGAAAAAGCGAGAUUCCCUAAAUAAAAGAAAAUCGACGAAAUCCGUGGAAGAGUCAUUGGAUACCAGUUGCUCGGAUAGUUUUUUGUCAUCUCCGAAGGAAGGUCAAAACUUUGUUGCAACCGAUCUCGAUGAUACAAAUCAGUCUUCGCAACUGACUCAUCUGUCGGCAAAGGAUGAUCCCAUACUCACUAUCGAUUCUGUAUAUCCCAACACAGUUUUUCAGCAGAAGCGACGAAGCCUUGAAGAUUCUUUUAAAGAAAGAGAGCGUGAGUUUCAAAGUCAACGAGCCUCGAUGGAGCAACAAGUUCACUGUCUUCAAAUGAAUGUCCGCCUCAAGGAAAUGUUAAUUAGAAAGCUUGUUCAUAACGAAAAGAAACUAUCUGAGAAGUUGAAGAGUCAGGAGGAUUACGCUAAUCAACUAGCCGAGAAAAUAAGUAAGCAAGAACUUGAGUUGAAAAGUAUUGAAGAACGACUCCAUCAAAAUGAAGAGCAAAGAGAUGAUGAAGAUGUUGAAAAGCAUUAUGCAUUAAAAGUAGCUUCCAUUCGAACUGAAGUAGAAAAUUUGGAAAGGCAUCAAAGGAAGCUCCGCAAAGCAAAGGAACGAAAAAUGAUUAGUGACCAAGAACGAAAAAUGUUGGAGAAAGAAGUAAAAGAAAUGCGUGAAAGACAAGAACAGCUAAUGGAACAAAUAACAGCGGAAGAAGAGCGUUAUCAAACACUUCGAAAGGAAUACGAGCAGCGCAUUGAGAAUCUUCAAAAAUGCAAAGAAGUUACAGACAAGGACUUGAAUCGUUUGAAAGAAGAAUGUUCUCGUCAAAAAUCUAUCAUACUUCGACAGCAACAGGUUUUACGUUCAUGUCGAAUCAUACCCAACUCAUAUACAGACGUCGUCCGUUUUCGUAAGUUGCAAAUGGAAAUAGAUCGAGAAGUUUUACGUGCUGUUCGACAGAGACGACAACGUGAAGAUGUUCUUCGACAUAAAGCACAAAGACAAGCAGCUAUUGCCGAACGUGAAGCGACUGCAGAAUUGCUUUCAUCAUUUUCUCGUGAAAAUGCUUCCGUCGACGAAGAUGACAAUAGACAAGUAGCUAUUAUACAAGAGAGUAUCGAUGAUCUAGAUGCCGAAAUCGAGUAUCGAAAUGGAGAAAUUUCAGAUGAGGAAAAGCUUUCUGGCGACUCUGGUCAGAAGCUGCAAUCCAUCUUUGCCAAGAUAGAAGGACUAGAAUCGUGGUCAGUGGAUGCUAAGGUUUUGACCAUGAACAUCAUUAAAAGAUGGAUUGACUCGAGAGAGAAUGAGUUGGCAUCAUUGGACGCGUUGCAAACUUCCAGAGCCAAAACUGCAGAACUUGAAGCUGAAAUAAAGAGACUUACUCAUCAAAUGAAAUUAUUGGAGCUGGAAAAUGACCGUCGGCUGACUGAACAAUCAUUGAAAUAUAUGAAUCAGAGUUUUGGAAAUGAAGAAAAUGUUAGUGACGCUGGUAUUACUGCAAAUGAUUCUUUCAGUACUGCAGCACUUCAAGAUACAGCAAAUCAUCAAAUAUACCAAGAGAACGCCAUGCAAACUCUUUUAUUUCAACAGACUAGUGGCAAAGUGGAACAAGAUGAUAGACAAACCACUCCUGAACGAGGUGAGAAUGGGACUAUAGACGAUUCCUUGAACAAUGCUCAUUUAGAUAUAUCAUUUCCACAUACUUGACAUGCUAAGAAAUAAUUUCAACUGGAAAAGAAGUCAACUGUUUCAUAAAUACUUAUAUCCACUC